AUGUCAUCUGAUCCCCGACCGUCAACACCACCGCAUCAUCCAAACUUUGGUGUGCGCAUGUCCCGCGAGAACAUCGGCCGUUUAGUGCGCCAUAUGCUCCCCGACACUACCGACGUAGAAGUGGAGGCUCUUUCAGCUUUGAAGUCCUUUAACAACCGAAUCUAUCAUCUAGAAUGCCGCAGAAGAUCGCAGACUCGUAACGAUGCAACCGCAGUCGAUAAGCUUGUGCUCAAGAUCAAUGGUCGAGGUUUUGGGCCAGACAAGAUUGAGAAUGAGGUUUCUUGUCUCCUCCUGCUGGAACACUUUUGCCCUCAAAUUCCAGCACCUUGUGCGAUAGCUUGGUCCCAAGACGGAAUGACUAUCGGCACCAAGGACGCACAGCGCAAGGAGGUGAAGCUCAGCGGUGUAGACGAGACUGCGAGUGGUUGGAUAUUAAUGACGAGAGUUCCCGGAAAGCCCAUCAACUUAGCUGCGCUCAACAACGAUGACGAGUUUCGUCUGGCAACACAUUUGGCGGAUUAUUUUACCAAUUGGCGGCGCAACGUCCCUCCUGAGCGCUUUACUGGAAACAUUUCCUUUCAUCAAAUGGGAUGCCAGCCUGACAUCGAAAUCCCAAGCUCGGAUGGCACCAGCGAAAUGCAGUUUGUUAUCAGAGGCAUGCUUGGAGAGGAGCUCUAUUGUAAAGACGGCAUCACUUCCGUGGCAGAGUACUACAAACUCAGAACUGAGAACAAGAUGAGAACUUUGGAGACGAACGAGACAUUUGGACCAAAUAGAGAUCUCAUACAGCCUCUGGAGGCAUUCAUACAGCAAGACCUCCCUACCAUCAGCAGCCUGAACACCAAAGACGACUCGUUUGUAUUCACCCACUACGACCUAUCCCCACGAAACAUUCUUGUAUCCGGCCUACCUCCCCAGGUCACAGGCAUCGUGGACUUUGAAUUCUCCGGCUUCUUUCCACCGCUCGAUGAGUUCCUGAAUGACUGCAUCGCCAACAAUGGCGACUGGCCUAAAGAUAUGUACGAGGUGUAUUUAAAGCGGUUGGAGAGCAAUGGUGUACCAACACCGUUGGCAGGAAUCAAGAAGGAUCAUUGGGAGCAGAUGGCAUUGCUGGAAGAAUUGGUUGAGAAGAUUGCUCCUUGGUGGUUGCCUGGUAAGUUUCAAGGUGAGCAGCUGGAGCAAGAGUUGAACAAGGUCAAGGCACGAGUAGGGGAGCUAUUGGAAAAAUCGGGACAGUGA